AUGUUCAUAAUAGGUAGUUUUUCUUUACGACUUUUGCUAGCAGGGCUGGCCAUCAUUAAUACCAUUGCUGCCUUAACAAACGAUGGUAGUGGUCAUUUAGAGUUAUCGCUACAGCGUGAAGAGCAAAUGUAUUACGCCACAACCUUAGAUAUAGGUACGCCGUCUCAACAGCUGACAGUAUUAUUUGAUACUGGAUCUGCAGAUUUUUGGGUUAUGGAUUCCAGCAAUCCCUUCUGCUCACCAAAGUCCAAUCCGUCACUGUAUCAAAAUGCAACUUAUAAUGGUAGUAAGAUCACGCCUUCAGUCGAUUGCUCAUCUAUGAGUACAUAUAACGAGAACAGUUCCUCCACUUACCAAGACCUCGAUAAUGGCAGGUUCUAUAUUAUUUAUGCUGAUGAAACAUUUUCUGACGGUUCUUGGGGAAAGGAAACUGUGUCGGUUAAUGGCAUUGACAUCCCUGAUAUUCAGUUUGGCUUAGCUAAAUACGCUACAACGCCUGUCAGUGGUGUUCUGGGUAUUGGAUUUCCCAGAAGGGAGUCUGUUAAGGGCUAUGAAGGUGCUCCCGAUAAAUACUAUCCCAAUUUUCCACAGCUUUUGAAGAGUGAGCAGAUCAUUGACGUGGUCGCAUAUUCGCUAUUCCUGAAUUCGCCUGAUUCUGGCAUGGGUUCCAUUGUGUUUGGUGCCAUUGAUGAAUCGAAAUUUUACGGUGAUUUGCUCACUUUUCCCAUGGUAAAUGAAUACCCCACUAUAGUCGAUGCCCCUGCGACUUUAGCAAUGACCAUACAAGGUUUAGGAGCUCAAAAUAAAAGCGGCUGUGAACGUGAAACAUUUAUGACGACCAAGUACCCAGUUUUAUUGGACUCGGGAACAUCGCUAUUGAAUGCACCAAAAACUAUAGCAGAUAAGAUGGCCUCCUUUGUAAAUGCGUCGUAUAGUGCAGAUGAAGGUAUAUAUAUUCUGAAUUGCCCAGAUUCUGCAGAUGACAUAGAAUACACCUUUGAUUUUGGUGAUUUGCAAAUCAAUGUUCCAUUAACUAGUCUGAUUUUGAGUCCUGAGGUUGAAGGUGGUUAUUGUGGGUUCGCUGUGCAACCAACAAACGAUUCCAUGGUUCUAGGGGAUGUGUUCUUGUCUUCUGCAUAUGUUGUAUUUGAUCUCGACAACUAUAAGAUAUCAUUAGCACAGGCAAAUUGGAAUGCGAGUGAAGAUUCAAAACAGGUGAUAAACAUUCCUACAGAUGGAUCGAUUCCGGGAGGUAAGAGUGCUACCGCCGAACCUUGGUCCACGAAUGAACCAUUUACUGUCACGUCUGAUAUCUACUCGUCGGCCGUUUGUAAGAGUAAGUCCGCUGUUCAUCUACCCACAGGGUCUUCAUCUACUACGCAAUCCAACGUGCAGGCUCGUAGUCCCUCGGCAAGAAUAGCGAGGAGCAGGUCAACUACUACGCUAAGUAAUACUAUCCAAACUGGUGGUUUCAUGAACCAAACUAUAAGCGCUGCCAUGGAAAGUUCGAGCGCGACUAAGCCAAAAGCCCCCCCCCACUGUGAUCAGUGA